AUAGUCACGACAGCUCCCUCUUGGACACCCGCCCUAUAUAAAGGAGGGAACGAGAGCUGUCUGAACAUAUCAAUUCCGCUGAAACCAAAACCAUUUGCAAGCUUCGUGAUCUCAUCUUCUUAAGGAAGGAAGAAUUCUAUAAUGGCAUCAGAGAGGGAAGUAUUUGACAUUUCAGGGCCCUUGCAUCUAACCACUGUUGACUGGAACAAUGUGGAACAUAGGAGGUCUGUGGCUGCCUGUUUAGUCCAAGGUGUCUACAUUCUAGAACGAGAUAGGCAGGAAAAGCGGGAGGGGGAUGGAGCUCUGGCUCCUCCUUGGUGGAAAUCUUUCCAUUUCAAUAUAUAUCGUGAGCUUGUUGAUGCUGUUGAUUCUUCCAUCUUCGGUGUUGUUUAUGAAUUAACACCGCUCGAGGGCAAUAGAGACAACGUAACCAAUAAACACCCUAGGCCUAGGUAUGUCAUCGCUUUCCGGGGGACAUUAACAAAAGGAGAUGCCUUUUCGCAGGACCUCGAGCUGGAUAUCAGCAUUAUCAGAAAUGACCUUCACCUCUCAUCUCGCUUCGAGACAGCCAUUCAGGCUGCGCAAAACACGGUUUCCACAUUUGGCAGUUCGAAUAUCUGGCUAACCGGUCAUUCCCUAGGGUCUGCCAUGGCAAUGCUUGCUGGAAAACAUUUAGCAAAAACCGGUGUGUUUCUUGAUGCCUUCCUGUUUAACCAGCCUUUCUUUUCAGCCCCAAUCGAGAGCAUCACAGAUAAAAAGGUGAAACACGGGAUCCGAGCUGCAACGAGUGUUAUCACAGCUGGGCUUGCAUUUGCUGCAACCUUGAAGAAGGGUAACAACAACAACAACAACAACAACCAAAAGAACAACCAAUCUGGAGAUUCUUUUGCUGCAUUGUCUAAAUGGGUUCCAUAUCUUUACGUGAACCCAGGCGAUCACAUCUGCUCGGAGUACAUUGGCUAUUUCGAACAUAGAGAAAGGAUGGAGGAGUUUGGAGUAGGCGCAAUCGAGAGAAUAGCAACCCAGCAUUCUCUCGGCGGUCUGGUUAUGAAUGUGAUGGGAAAGGGGGAAUACAGUGAGCCAUUGCACCUCAUUCCAUCAGCAGUGUUAAUAGUUAAUUUAAUUCCUCCACAGGACUUCAUAGAAGCUCAUGGGAUUCACCAAUGGUGGAGGCCUGAUCUGCGUUUGAAUUCCAAAACAUACAUGUAUAGUUAAAAGUUAAAACCUCUGUCCAUUGAUGCACUUGCACUUGGAUAUGUUAAAAUUAUAGCAUUUGCAUAUUGAUUAGUGAUAAUUUGUCUUUUCUAUUUAUAAACUUUUGUAUAAUUGUAAAGGCACCUAUAUGCCAAGCACCUUGUGCUCAGAUGGCAUGUAGUGAC